AUGUCUGCAUGCGAUCUAUGUCAUACCCGAAAGGUCAAAUGCGAUCGCCUAGAUCCUUGCAUGAACUGCGUCGACGCAGGCGCAGAAUGUCUCCGUCAACGCCAAGCACGAGUGCAUAGACCACGAGUCUCUCGGAUCGAGGCAUUGUCUGAGAGACUAGCAAAGCUCGAAGAGUUAAGUGGUAAAGACCUACCAAACUUCCCAGCAAGCAACCAUGCUGCUAGCAGCGCAUCUUCAUCACCUCGAACCAAUCCUAUGGGUGUCACCGAGGUUACUUCCAACAGAUCUUCAGAACCAGCAAAUGGUGGAAAGAAACGACAUGUACCAUAUGGUUCGCAAGAGAUAGCUCAAUUCGCACCACCAGCAAACAAACGCCGCAAAUCACAAAGUGUUUUACAGCAAAAGACUCACCAUGAGAUACAUUCUCCUGGGUCAACACACCAUGCUAGCGAAGCUAGAGAGUACAUUGAGCAUGAGCUACAAUGCAAUCCAGCUCUAUCAAAAGACCGGCGCACCGCACUCGAAUCAGCGCAGAAAUUCGUCGGCCAGCUGUCAAACCCGACACUGCAUUGGGAAGAGACAGGGGCUAUGGAUGAUAUGACCAUUGAAGAAAAUAUAGAAGAGCCAAUUCUCACCCCGGAGUUGCUCUACAUGAUGCUACCAGGGCCUGACAAGAAGACGAACUCUCAGGGAACAGUUUCCUGGCCUGAUCACAUCUCCGAUAAAGCCCUGGAGCGUAUGGGGCUUGCUAUCAUUGAAGGAAGUGAAUGCGAGCAAGUACUCCAACAUUAUCGAAUCAAUGUCUGGAUCAAGGCUAUGGGUGUAAUAUCGAAAUUGGCCCCUUUGAUCGCGAGUGAGGCCUUGAAAGUUCAUUUUCGAAAAUUGAAGAAGAGCUGCCCUAGUCUUCUCUUACUUCAAUCGUUGAUGUCUGCAACACGCUUGAUGCAGUAUCUAGGAAAUAUGUCACGCUGUUGGAUGUUCACGGCAUUGGCUUCACGGGUCAUCGUCUCUCUCAACUACCACAACAUCACUGAUCCCAAUCCUCGAAACGAGAUUGAAGAAAGCGUUCAUGCUUGUGUGUACACAUGCUACUAUUUUGACAAAACUCUCAGCUUGCUGCUACUCCGGCCGCCGUCAUUGCCAGAUCUCAAAGUUAAGGCAACGGAGUUGAUCCAUAUUGAUCCGGAUCUACCGACAUUCGCUAUGAUCACGGGAAUAGUUGAAUAUGCAGAGUUGAAAAACGCUUUACUGGGUGUACUUCUUGAUACCAAGGCGAUAGAGGACAGCGAAAAGGCCAAUAUACUGUCUGACCUGGUAGCCCGGGCACAUACAAUCCACUCCAAUAUGCAAAUGUUUCGCCGUCUCCAAGAACAAGAAUUCUCACAAUCAUGGGGUAACCUGCGUCGUGAAUGGCUAUCAAUGGACUUCAAUUACUAUUCAGUGUUGACAACAAUCAUCCAAGCACGCUCCUCGGUUUUGAAAUCCCGCCUAGUGUGCGAGAACUGUUUAUAUACAGCCCGAGAAUCCCUGACUACCCUCAGAGCGCUACAGGAAGCAUUUUCGAGUCAGGUUAACACUAUUGACUCUUAUCCAUAUUUUCUUACCUGGACAAUGUUACUAUUCCCUCUAGCGCCCUUCUUCGUCCUAUUCUGCAACGUGAUCGCAACAUCAAACGAGAAAGACUUCACAAUGAUCAAGACCAUCACCGAUGACCUACACCAAUUCGCCGAGGCGAAUGCUUCCAUUGGGAAGUUAUACAAGCUCUUCGCCAAGUUCCUUGAUUUGUGUGCGCCGCUUAUCAAAAGAAAUCUUGAACGAGCUCGCCCCGGGCAACCAGCUGUUACGGAGAAUGUAGCUGGCAUGUCCGAAAACCAGUUCGAGACUCAAGAUGAUGCAUUUGGCCGCGCUGCUGCUGAGGCUAUGGUCGAUCUUCAGUCUGCCAAUGUCACUGGGGUGCCACCUAAUGCUCCGAGGUCUGAAGGGUGGGAUGAUAGUCUUGUUUGGGAAUUGUUUAAUAACCAGCCCUCGUUGGGAUGGGCGGAGUCGGAGCUGUGGGAUGUGAUGGCGCAGUUUGAUGGAUAA